GCAGAGGGGAGCAGACUGACACUGCAAAGCCCGACAUCACCAAAUCUUCGCACAAAGGUGGGAUGCCGGUGGCGGAGAACGCCAGGGAAGCGGAGCCAGACAUUGAAUUCGAGCUCUCCACCGAAUGGCGGAAUGUGCAGAAUCUCAACAUCCAGCAACAGCUGCGAAAACUGGGCCGCUACAGAGAACACGCUGCGGCGGCACAGAGAGACAAGGAGGACCAGGCGCUGCCGGGUGUCCGGCGCUUGCGGCGGCCAAGGGUAAUAGAUGAGAACGACAGCAUCUCCAGCGACACUGAGACAGAGCUGCAGCAGCCUCUGGUCGUCAAGGAGGAAGCGAAAGAAGAGUCCGCAGACGAAGAGGUGCGCCCAAAGCCUGGCGCACGGGCUCGUGGCACGCGGCGAUCGCAAGCAGAGGCUGCCAGGGCACGCAGGCGCCGACUCUGGCGGGUGGGGCGUGUCCUCUCCCACCGUCGCCCCAUGCCGAUUGGCCGAAAGUGCACGCCGAUCGGCACGGCUUUCAGGCGGCGCCGCAAGGAGAAUCGCAGUAUCUCCACCCGUCGCGAGAUCCUCUUGGCAAGAUAUCUCGCCGAGAAGAAGUCGCAGAUAAAGGUGCCACAGGAACCGAGGCCGCAUGAGGACUGGGAAGAAGAUCGACUCAUGCGCGAGAAGCUGCAGCGCACGCCCUUGGUUUUAUGCUGCCGCCACGUUGCACACUGCCUGGCCGGAGAGCCAAGCCCCGAGUCGGGCGCCAGCGGCGCGCCGCCGCCGAAGCGCCAACGGGACGCCUUUGAAAGCCUCGUCCGGCUCUUGGUGCGGACAGCCAGGGCCCUCGCGGAUGCCGUGGAGAAGGUGGAGCAACGCCACCAUAGGCGGCAGAACAGUAUGGUACAUCUGUCGGCUGUGCCUGGUCAGCCUCUUCCUUGCAGCGACGAUGAUGACGAUGCGCCACGCAUUCGAGUCGUUCACCAUUUCACGCGGCUGAACCGGCACAUUGACAUGUCCGGGCUUUAG